AUGACCGAUGCCGAGCGACAGUCGUACUUUAAUGCUGUCAACCAGAUGAAGCGCGAUGUCUCGUCUGGACAGAGUUUGUACGACUUUUACGUGUCCUACAUCGUGCCAAGCCGAUCACCGGGGGCUCACUUUGGAGCUUCGUUCGGAAUAUCUCUGAGGACGUAUGUGCCGACGAUCGGCCUCCGGUAUUGGGACUCGACGCUGGACAGUUACCUGCCCAAUCCGUUCGACUCGGUCAUCUUCUCGUCAGCGUUUUUCGGCAAUGGCAACGGCGCUGUCACGACGGGGCCGUUUGCCAACUGCAGGACUACCUCAAGUCUUCCGCUGAGCAGAAACUACGGACAAGGUGGACAACUUUUCACGCCUGCAGUAGUCAGCACCGUGCUCAGUGAACGCAACUUCAACCAGUUAACCUUCUGUGUCAAUCCCUUUUACGAAACGGAAUAUCGACGGUCUGUCGAACAGCUACGUCACAGAGUUCUUCGAGUACCUACCGUGUCCGAGUGCACUAACACCAGAGAGUGCGGCUCGAAGUAUCUGUUUUGUGACCGACGUCAGGGCUCACCUCACUGCGUCAGCAAGGUAGUGGUCGGUGGCAACUGCAUCGGCUUCGCGAACACCGACAUCUGUUACAACUCUCGCUGUGUCAACGGCGUCUGCCUCCCAUAG